AUGUCCUUAUAUUCAUUUGCCGAUCAAUUUAAAACAUCUAGCAUAAAUCAAGAGUUGGCAGGAAACAAUGAUGAUUUGAAAGAUAAUUUUAUUACAGGUUUAGAUAGAUUUCGCCAAUUAGCCCCAAGUAUUUCAAUUGCACCAGUUUCUACUCCAGCAGAAUUUUUAAGAGCUCAUACAGAUGAUAGCGUGAAUCCAGAUUGUAAAAUUAAAAUUGCUCACGGUACCACAACUUUAGCGUUUAGAUUUCAAGGGGGUAUUAUUGUUGCAGUAGAUAGUAGAGCCACUGCUGGCCAAUGGAUUGCUUCGCAAACCGUUAAGAAAGUUAUUGAAAUAAAUCCCUUUUUAUUAGGUACGCUAGCAGGUGGUGCUGCCGACUGUCAAUUCUGGGAAACAUGGUUAGGGUCUCAAUGUAGAUUACAUGAGCUAAAAGCCAAAGAACGUAUCAGUGUGGCCGCUGCUUCUAAAAUACUUUCUAACCUAGUAUAUGAUUAUAAGGGUGCAGGUCUAUCAAUGGGUACAAUGAUUUGUGGGUACACAAAAAAGGAGGGUCCAACCAUUUACUACGUUGAUUCAGAUGGAACUAGAUUAAAGGGGGAUUUGUUUUGUGUUGGUAGUGGUCAAACUUUUGCAUAUGGUGUGUUGGAUAGCAAUUAUAAAUGGGACUUAACAGUAGAAGAAGCUUUAUAUUUAGGGAAAAGAUCAAUUUUAGCAGCUGCUCAUAGAGAUGCUUACUCUGGUGGUUCUAUUAAUUUAUACCAUGUUACAGAAGAUGGAUGGGUGUACCAUGGGAAUUAUGAUGUCGGUUCCACGUUUUGGGAAAUUAAGCAAAAAGAACACUCUUUUAACAAUGUGAUUGGUUGA